UUCAGCUAAAACAUCUGUUGGAUAUGUCAUUAACAGGGCAGCUGUAUAAGGUAUCCUUGUACUUUAUAGACUUAUACAAACUGAUUCCCUAAAUUACGUUUUGUAAAAUAUUGCCACAUUAUCAAAUAAGAUAAUAACUUUCUCAUUGCAGAUAUUUUUUUGCAGCCAUUUUCUAGAAAGCAUUUCUAUUGUCCUUCUGAGCGACCAGAUCAACAGAAGAACAUCCCGCCUCUUUACGCUGACACCACUCUCACUGGAGUAUAUGAAUAGUUCAGUCACCAACAUUAGAGUAGUGCAGUCCUACUGUACACACAACAAUGACCUUUAACUUGGUAACAGCUUUACUCUUCACCUGCAGCUGGAUCUCUGUCUCCGUCUCUGAGUUUCACACUGUGGAGGUCCAGUCUGGUGAAGAAGUCACACUGAUGUGUACCAACUUCACCAGUUCUACCAGUCACAUAUUCUGGUUCAGACUGGACAACAGACCCAACGCCACCUGUAUCUGCUCCAUGUCCAGCUCUAAUGCCAGUGUUACGUUCUGUGAUGGAUUUCAAAAUGGAAAGUUUAACAUGACGUCCAACAUCACUACCCUCUUUCUCCAGAUCAAACAAGUGGAUUCAUCCGACUCUGGACUCUAUUUCUGUGGAUCUUACUGGAACAAUUGGUCAAUAAUUGUCAGUGCAACAUACUUAAAGGUUCAAGAAGAGUCUGUUGAACUAGCAACUCUGACGAGUGCGAUCCUGAGUGCUCUGGUUAUUUUCCUCAUUAUCGUCGUCAUUGUUCUGGGUCUCAAAAUCAGGAAACUUCACACAGAUUUAAAGGAAGAGGGACACAAUCCACAACACAGCCAGAAUCCAAGCUCUGCUGAUGUGACCUAUGCAGCGCUGAAGUUCAAUUCAAAACUCAGAAAGAGCAGUCGGCCUGCAUCAAAGAGAGGGCUGGAGCUAAACGCUGAGUAAGCUGCCACCAGAUAGACUCAGGAAACCUCUGGAACAGCUGCUCAGAGUGGAACUGGUGCUUUAUCAUAUCAAACUGCUUUUGAGUUUUUUUGUGCAGUUAGUGGAUGGGAGGAGUUGCCAUUACUAUAAAAAAAAAAAAAAAAAAAAAACUGUCAAAAAAUGUUGCAAUAAAGAUUCUAUGUUCAUGCAAAUCGUGAAAUCGCAUACAUC